UCUGCUCGCGGACCGCGAAGCCGUCGGGGAGCCGCAACAGCUGCUGUUUCCCUGCUUUACUGCAGCAACUGCACGGGGCAGAGACCUUCCCCCUCCCUUGCCGGGCAUUUUUGUGGGGUGCGUCCCGCCCGAGGACUGCGUACAGGCGACGAGAGCCACUCUGGAGAUGCUCCUGGCCCCCGAAGAGGCACCAGCGAGCGCGCAGGAGCGGCCGGGCUGCUGAGAACGCGCCGUCGAGGGAACGUCGGAAGGCAGCAGGCAGAAUGGGCUGCAUGAAAUCUAAAGAAAUCAACCUCAAUGAAAAAGUCUCAGAAACUCGUCCGAGCUGGGUGAUCAGAAUAAUUACAUGCCAGAUCCCACGUCCAUUGCCAACAGCCUUGGCGCAGCACCCAGCAAGAAAAAGCCUUCCGGAACCGAUGGAACAGAGGAGUUUAUCGUUCUGGCUCUUUACGACUAUGAAGCCAUCCACAAGGAAGACCUGAACUUCCAGAAGGGCGAUCACCUCAAAGUCCUAGAGAACUCGGGCGAGUGGUGGAGAGCAAAAGCCCUCUCGACAGGCCAAGAGGGUUAUAUCCCCAGCAACUAUGUCGCCAGAGUCAACUCCCUGGAGACGGAGGAGUGGUUUUUCAGAGGCGUCAGCAGGAAGGACGCUGAGCGGCAGCUGCUUAGCCCUGGCAACGUGAUAGGCUCCUUCAUGAUCCGAGACAGCGAGACAACCAAGGGUUCCUACUCCUUGUCCGUGCGAGAUUUCGACAACCAGAACAAAGUGGAGACAGUGAAGCAUUACAAGAUUCGGACGCUGGACAGCGGCGGCUUCUACAUUUCUGCUCGGAACACCUUCAGCACCCUGCAGGAGCUGGUCGGCCAUUAUAAGGGGCAAAGUGAUGGUCUGUGUCAAAAGCUGACUUACCCGUGUAUCGCUCCGAAACCUCAGCAGCCCUGGGAGAAAGAUGCCUGGGAAAUCUCCCGCAGCUCUCUGAAGCUGGAGAAGAAACUGGGAGCUGGGCAAUUUGGAGAAGUCUGGAUGGCCACCUACAACAUGCACACAAAAGUGGCCGUCAAAACUAUGAAGCCAGGGAGCAUGUCUGUGGAAGCUUUCCUGGAAGAGGCCAACAUCAUGAAGACCCUGCAGCACGACAAGCUGGUCAAGCUGCAUGCCGUCGUGACCAAGGAGGAGCCCAUUUACAUCAUCACCGAAUACAUGGAGAAAGGUAGUUUGCUGGAUUUCCUGAAGAGUGAUGAGGGUCACAAGCAGCGGCUCCCUGUAUUGAUAGACUUCUCUGCCCAGAUUGCAGAAGGCAUGGCUUUCAUUGAGAAGCGAAACUACAUCCACCGGGACUUGAGAGCUGCCAACAUCUUGGUCUCGGCCAUGCUGGUGUGCAAGAUUGCCGAUUUUGGCUUGGCUCGGGUGAUUGACGACAACGAAUACACAGCCCGGGAAGGUGCCAAGUUUCCCAUCAAGUGGACUGCGCCCGAAGCCAUCAACUACGGCUCCUUCACAAUAAAGUCUGACAUCUGGUCUUUCGGGAUCCUCCUGAUGGAGAUAAUUACCUAUGGGCGGACCCCAUACCCAGGGAUGUCGCACCAGGAAGUGAUCCGUGCCCUAGAGCGUGGCUAUCGGAUGCCACGCACGGAGGGCUGCCCAGAGGAGCUCUAUGAAGUGAUGGUGCAGUGCUGGAAACGCAAGCCCGAGGACCGCCCGACGUUCGAGUACAAUCAGAGCAUCCUGGAGGAUUUCUUCACUGCCACCGAAAGCCAGUACCAGCAACAGCCUUAAAGUAGAUGGAGGACCUGACAGCAGAGUGGGGCAGUCCAUGCAGUACGAUGCUUGAGAGAGACCCAGUGUUUUGAUGUCAAGAUCCUCCUGUGGCUUAGGCAAAAGUAGCUGCCUCCAUCUGGGGAGCUUACAAGGAACAUUUUAUUGACUGCUGUUGGGAGACGGGACUGUACUUGAUGGACCCUCCAACAUAAGCAAUUGUUGUGCUCAUAGCUAAAAUGCCUUUAAAAAACUGCAUUCAGUAGGUGCCAUUUCUGCUGAAGCAUGCCAUGCACUUUUUGUCUCAAGGUUUUGGUGCCUGCUGGAAAACCACUGGCUGUUGCUCUAGAAGUGUUGUGUGUGUGUGUGUGUGUGUGUGUG